CGCGCAAAUGGGAACUCGAAAAACCGCCAGGGGGGCUCUGGUAGCCGGCCGAUUUGAAGCUGCGUGGAGACGAUCAGAUCCGUACCGUAGCCCUGUUUUUAGUCAACUCUGGUGCAUGUCGUGGUGCAUGUGGUCUCGAACACGACAUUGUGAAAACGGAAAACGCGCCUUAAUAUGUCUUCGGCAGUGCCAACAUUUGCUUAUGUAGUAUACAAGGACGGCGCGAGAGCAAUUGUCGCUGUUUCCUUAAUUAAGGAUUAUGCUCCUUCGACGGUCAACGAUGUUUCAAAGAACAAGAGCGUCUACUGGCGCAGCAAAGGAAAGCAUGCAGCGGUGGACGAAGGUUUCUACGACGCCGACGUCGUCGAGCUUGGACUUACACAGAGUGACUUGGUUCAGAGGCUUAGUAAGCGAAAAAUCGCUGUGCCAGACAACAUUUUCGAAGAUACUCAGCAUCCGAUACGCGGCAAAACGGGAAAGACUGUUUCGGCCAAGACUGCAACGAGAAAUGCUCUUACUGCCAGGAAGAGGAAGUUAGCAGAAAUACUGUCACAAGAGGAGGACAGUAGCAGUUCGGAAGAUGACAUGGUUCCAAAAAAGCUACUCUUGGAAGAGCAAAAGAAAGUUUCGGUGCUUCGACAGAAGCUUAAUGGACUACGGGAGAAGCACGAGGAACUUCAAAUGCGCCAUGGUCGUCUCGAGGACGUGCUCUACAACAAGCUUGAGGUCUGGUUCAUGUCACAGGGAAGGAGCAACUCUAAUCUCCAGGAACCUUCCAACUGCAUGUCACAGACAGUGUUUGACAGUGAAGGAACAGAAAGUCAAGAAGAGACUACUGGCCCCGUUACCCCUCCGCCGCCUGCAAGCCCCAAAUCUGCAAGCCCAAGUCUGCUGCUUAGUGCAGCACCAGGUCCUGCUCAGGACAGAGAGGCAGCUGUGAACGUCAUGCCACUGCUGCCAGGGACUUCUUUGCUUGCGGCCACAAACACAUUGCAGGAGCACAGUGGUGCAACAGGGCACCAUUCACUAUUCGCUGAGGUGAACGGCCAGAUUCACCUUGGCAGUGGAGUUUAUGUGCCACUAGACCGGUGGCAGUGGCUGUUGCGGCGCUCGAGGGAUUCUUUGUUUUGUAAGGAAGCAACUAGGGUGGUCUGGGGGCCUGCUGCGCUUAGAGGCCGCAGUGUGACUGGAGCACCCUGCAGACGCUUCUUGAAGACUGGAACGAAUGCAUCUGAGAAACGAGCCCUAACACCCCAAAAGCUACAUGCAGUUGGAAAUGCUUUCGACAGAUUCAUAUCUCUGAAUAACACACAAGAGGCAGUACAAAGCAGGCGAGCGAAAAUGAACCGCUAUAUUGCGGAAAUGUUGAAAGACCUGAAGUAGCGCCCAUGCACAGUGCGCCCAUACAUCAGAGUGCUGUACGUGCCAGUAACAGCAUAUAUAUAUUCAUGUAUAUAUUCAUGCAAAAUAAACUUCAUAUAAUCGAAAAGUUUCUUCCUUUGGACAUUAUGAUCAUGUAAAGAUAUUAAAUCCUGACACAUCUAUACUUUUCUAAUAUGUGUACAGACACUGCUCCCCUUGCCGAAUGUACCCUGGCCUAUGUGGUACUUGUGCAUAGGUCGAUAUUGGUUGCCCACUUAUGUGUCACUGGAUGCAAACUGUAGUGUCAUAUAACACGUGCCCAAGUAACGGCUACCCCAAUGCUGUGGUAACACAUAAUUGGUCUCAUAAUUCUUCUGUGUAUAGGCCACGUGCGAAUUGUAUCGUAUUACAUAUUGUGUCGUAUUAGCCGCCGCUUAUGUGGAUUUUUUUUUCUCACGGGCGCUCUGCGACUUAUCUGAUGACUAUUUUUUUCCUGGAACGGCACUGCCCUGCCGAUGCACGAACAGUGCGUAACAGGGAUGGGUCCACAUUCGAGUAGAUUGAUCUUCGUGGUGCAUUCCUGCAAGCAGCUUUAACUGGAAAACCGCUGAACCACCAUUCCGCAGAAAACGCCCAAGAAGGGCACAAUCCGAUCUUGGUAGAACCCUAGAACUGACCUCCUUUGUUGUACACUAUGCAUAUCCCGGAGUGUGGACCACAGUGUUAUUGCCUUCUCUAUGGUCUCCUUUGUCACACAAAUCAGUUGUAUCAUAUUGACCGCGGCUUAUCUGCCAGAAAAUUUUCACCGCGUUCCUAAAAACUCGUUCUACGGCUCAUACGCGUGAAAUUACGGUAUAUGGAUUAUUAAUAUGAGUGUCAUGGC